GGAUUAGGGAAAAAAGGAAAACACCUGUUCUCAUUUUUAAUCGCCCCCACUCGCGAUUGGAACUCACCGUUUGCUAUUCGCUUCGCUCAUCGUUGUACCUGCCUCUUUCAGCGUCUGGCGCUGUGGUGGGGAAAGGAGCACGUGUCACUGCGACAGCCACAAACGCGAACAAACUCACACAAUAGCAACAGAGCGGAGAACUGCGUAGCGGGGGUGUGCGGAAUAGCAGAGGGAGCUCAAUACGUACUCUUUCCUCUUUUAUCUGCACCCGCGUCAUCUUCGUCUGCGUCCACGCCGCUGCUGUCUUCUCGCUGAGUCCAACUAUACAAACCCCUCCAGCGGACACGGCCUCCAGACGCCUCUAUACCCUCCGAGCCUCGUCGCUUCUCUCGCGGGCUUUCGUUUGGGUUUUGUUUUCCUCCUCUCGUUGCCUUCGUAGUUGGUUCGGACGGCUGCCUAAACACCAAUCUUGUCUUGAAUACCCUUCUUUUUCUUUCGCUGAACAAACAACUCCUUUCUGCGUUCUCCUCAGCUUUCUUUGUUGUUUUCACGCAGUCGCGGCCUUACGCACCAGCAAAAAUAGGAAAAUGGGAAUCUGCUGCGGCUCUGCUAAGAACGAGGGCGGGGGCACGAGCCCCAAGACGGCCGGCAAGUCCUCGGCGGAGAAUCAAUUUCAUGAUGUCCCCGCUCGUGCGCUGCGCGUGGAGCCGGUUGCCUUCGACAUGUUCGUGCCGGGGAACGCAAGCCCGGCGGACCCUGACGCGAAACUCGGUGAGUCGCGCGCCCUCAACAACAUGAGCUGCACCCUCUUCGAUGCCAGCAUGCACUCCAUGCGGGACAUGAGCAUGACGGCGGACCACACCGCCCCCUUCGAUCCCCUCGCCCAAACCAUGAACAACAUGAGCUUCACGAACAGCUUCAAGGCGGUGGACAGGAACGUGGUGCGCGACUUCAUGAACAACGUGGCACGCCUCGCGGAGCACGGCAGGGGAAAUCAGAGUCUGCUGGAGGAGAGCAUGCAGAGCCCCAUCACGGCACUGGAGAAUAAAAGCCCCGUGCUUGGCGGCAGCACACCGAGCACCGCCAUCACACAGGAGGACCUGAAUUACAUCGCGGGCGGCGCCACGCUGCCGGAUCGCGUGGCACGGCUGCAGGAAGUCGAGACCGUCCUGCGCCAGACCAUCGAGGGGACGUGGCGGGUGGACUCGAUGCUGCUGCAGCUGGCGUUCUGCCAGGUGGUGCCCACGCUGCGCCAGCGCCGCCGCCCGUGGGGGACCGCGCCACCGGCCGGAUCGAGCACAAAGCGAGGCAGCGUGCAGAGCCCCGCUGCCACCAAGACGACGCGCGCCGCGAAGCAGCCCGUACUGGUGAUCCACGCACCCGGUGUGCAGCUGGACCGCUCGCUCUCCUUGGAAACCUCUGCAAUGACCAAGUCCGGCCUACGCCCCAGCGACACCACCAUCGUCGACAACAAGGCAAGCAAAGCAAACUUCUCGCCGCCGAGUGGGGGGGAGAGGAACUCACCAGAGUCGAAGGAGGCGUCGCUGGAGAUGAGCUUCUCGCGCUCGCGGAUGGAGGCGCCGCCCGGGGCGAAGGUGGAGCAGUACGAGCUGCUGGCGCUGACCGGGCGUGACGUGGACGCGCACAAUUGCCCUGGCGCACACGUCGAGAACGAAAUGUGGGACUUCCUGGCCACGGACCGAGGCGCGGCGACGCUGAACGAGGGCAAGUGCAUAUUUCGCUUCAUGUCCAGCUCCCUCGCCAAGGUGGACGCGGAGACGCGGGCGACCGUUGAGCCCAUCAUCAACCUCAGCUCCUUCAAGGACGAGGUGACGGAGAAUAACACGCCAAAGGUGGACGUCAACGACCCCGAUGAUGCCAGCAAGUACAUUGCAAUUGUUGUGAAGACAAUGUACCUGCUGCCGGGCAUCACCGUGCAGAACAUUUCGAAGGACCUGAUGGUGUCCCCCGAGUACCAGAAGGCGUGUCAGCCGUCGGAGAACAAGGUGCAGGACUGCGACUUUGCGGACACCUUCCGUCUUACCAUCACCAUCGUCCGCUUCAUCUUCAGUCUGACAAUUCAGUUCAAGGUGUCGGAGAUUACCGACCGGGCCGUGCUGGAGUCGCUCGCCGUGUGCGACGGGAUGGUGCCCGCGAAGGCCAUCAUGCUGGAGCGCACGAAGCGUCACGUUGCCAAGACGGACGCCACGGCGAAGGUGCGGUCGGUGCUGCUGUACUACCCCGUCAACGAUGGCGUGUUGGUCGACAACUUAACCAUCGUGCUCAACACCUCUCUGCCCAAGGUAGUGUCGAAGAUUAUGAACUCCUUUGGCUCACAGGGUGCGGCGCAGUCGGUCACGACGACGAAGCUGACGCGAGACUACAUGGUCAAGCGCUUUGGCGACACGCGUACCAAGUAA